UAAUGAACACAUCACAGCUGAAACGCAGGAAGCWUGAUUCAAACCAAAGCUUUAUGGGCAAUAAAAUGUGUGAGUCAAGGUUUUUGUUAAUUACUGCCUAAAACAGUUAACUGUACUAUUUAUCAUYUGCAUCAGCAAAGAAUCCUGCUUUAACUACAAAUAAACGUGUUCACAGUUACUGAUCGMAAUGCACUCUGUUUUCUACUUCAGAGACAUCAAGCCUGACAACAUACUACUGGAUGAGCAUGGGCACGUCCACCUGACAGACUUCAACAUUGCCGCUAUUGUAAAGGAGGACCUGAAGGCAACAUCCAUCGCUGGCACCAAACCGUACAUGGCUCCUGAGUUGUUUCAGACAUUUGAAGGAUCCCACCCCGGCUACUCCUUCUCUGUGGACUGGUGGUCACUGGGCAUCACGGCCUAUGAGCUACUAAGAGGCCAGAGACCAUAUGUGAUGAGAUCUAAUACACCAUCUAAUGAGAUUCUGCAGAUGUUCCACAAGGUUCAUCCCACUUAUCCAGCAGCCUGGUCAUUGGAAAUGAAGUCUCUUCUCAGAAAGCUGCUGUGCAUAGAUGUCCAGAAGCGCAUCUCUUGUUUCGCAGAGCUCCAGGACCUGGAUUACAUGUCAAAUGUAAACUGGGAUGCUGUUCUUAGCAAACAGCUUUCUCCAGGCUUUAUUCCGAAUAGGCGGAGACUAAACUGUGACCCCACGUUUGAAUUGGAGGAAAUGAUCCUGGAGUCCAAACCACUACACAAGAAGAAGAAAAGACUUGCUAGAAAGACCAGAGAGCAAGGUUCUGAUGGGUCUCCACAGGUCAAAAAAAACAGUCACUGAUUCUUCAGAGCUGUCCACAAGCGAGAAGAACAAGGUGAUAGAAGACGGUCAGAACAACAAUGUUGAGCCAGCUGCUUAUUUAUCAGGAUAAGCCUCAUCCCCAUCUCAUUACCUGCACUCACCUACCAAUCAGUAAAUCACCCACAGAAACAAACUGCUCAGUUAGCAUAUGCACACACGACUGCUUUUCUGUGUUGCUGCAUUUCUAAAGUAGUCUGUAAAUACACAAAAACAGCACUGUAUGCACUUGUUUAUCAGCACUCACUCACUCAAAAAAAAUAAAAAAUAAAAAGCUGCAAGAUACUCUAGAAUUGAAAUGGACUCCCGCUGCAGCAGCCAUGACAGAAGUUGGAUCUUUACUGUGCUGUCACCGAAAAGGAUUGACUCUAAGUGGACUGUCACUCAUAUCAUGCUCUCUUGCAUCCCUCUGGUGCUCUUAUGUCAGCUCAGCCUCUACUGUUGGCUGAAACGAGAAGAAACACAAACUCUUGCUAAAAGACAAUGAAAACACCUGCUUCUAAAACCUGAAUGUGAUCAAACUGAAAUUUUCUGAUUAAUUGGAAUUGUUUAUUUGAAUGUUCAAUACUACAUGAAAACUAACCAGACUGGUAACAAACUGACAACCAGUUGGAUAGAUAGUAAUGUGAUGUACCUACAUAAAAUAGGUUAAGCAUGUCAGGAGUAGAAAGAUUAAAACUAAUUAAAACUGGUUUCUGUUUUCAAGACAGAAACCCUUGAUUUAUCUCAGUUUAUAGAGCUGAACUAUAGGCUUGAGCAUGGGCGGCUCUGUUAGAUAAAUAGUGAUGAUGAUGCAAAGCUAACACUAAUAGUAGAUCUGUAGCAUUUUAUAUCAUGCCAUAGUUCUGUCUGAUGCAGGUAAAGACAAAUCUGCUUUCUUGAUUUGUGUACAGUUUCAAGUUGACCAAUCAUAGGUUCUACAUGUACCUACAAAAAGCUGGAUUAAGAAUGAAAUGUGACUUUUAUUCUCACAUUCAGAUGUUUAUAUGGUGUGUUUCAAAGGCUACUACGUGUGGCUUUAAUUCAUAGGCAAACCAGGAAAGAAUGACUUCAUUUAAGUGACUGAUAAAAAAGUGAAACACAAAGGCAUUCUGAACUUAUCUUUUGCCUUGAAAUGAAUAAUUGAGGCUUCAGACAGAAAAAAGUAGAUAAUUGUGUUCUGCACUGUAUCCCAUUUUGCACAAGCUUCUUCAUAACUUGUAGCAUUUGUUAUAAAAACACACAAAAACAGAAGUGUGACUUUUUUUCCUCAUUGAUGUGGAUUKAUUAUUGUACCCUUUUUUAUGUGUAUUGUCUGUAUUGAAAUUAGUUUUUUUGUCACAAAUGUAAUAACAUCUUUAUUGUGUCAGAUAUAACUGAUCAAAUUAUUUGAAUUCUGCUAAAUGAUGGCUAUUAUCAGUCUGGUGUUUCAUUUAGAUAUAAUCUAAAGUUCCUCUUCAUCACAUUUCUGUGAGGCAAAUUAAUACCUUUUGUCUUGUUAUGACUUUAAGAAAAAAAUGUCUUGCCUCUGAAGGUUGCAGAGGGAUGCCUUAUAUUGUCAACAUGACCCAGACCUUAUUUCUGUAUGUGAACAUUGUGAAAACCAAGUGUUUUUCAUUCACUUAUUUCAAAUGUGAUUUCUACUGAUGACUCAUCACUCCUCUACUGACCUUGGUUUUAUAUACUUGCAAUAUAAACCAAUCAUUUCAAGCCUGUGAUAUUUUGUAAUUACACUGAUAUUCUAAUUCUCUAAAUUUAUUAGUGUUGACUUUUUUCCUGUUAAAGACUUGUACAAUGUUUUGACCUACCUUUGUGUUGCUGYUGUUGUCACCAGUGUAGUUUUUCAAAUUCAAAGGCGGCACCCUGUGUAGGUUGUAAGACAUAACUGAGGGGGUUGAAUAGAAAUUUGGUAUACCUCGUGUGAAUAAUGAAAUUGGUUGCUGACAAACAAUUUUAUAGAAAAACAAAACUGUGGCGUUAUUGUGUAACAUUAAAAAUAUUAAUAAUUGAAUAUUUUGAGAUAAGUUAUUGGCAAAUUUGAAAACACUCACUGACAAAUAGUAUUUAGGCCAAGGGUUUGUUAGUUAAAGGUCCACACAGUUUAGAUGGAGAACAGAUUUUUUACAUCAGUGAAUCUUCUCAUUUUUUGUUGUCAUUGUGUGUUUACUGUAAUCAAAUGUGAUGAAACUGAAAUCAUUAAAAGGUGUGCCUUAAAAAAUAAAUUUCUUUUUUGGAAA